UCAAUAUGGCGGCUGUUGCUACGAGAGCGUAGCAGAAGUGCUUCUAGAUUUUCUUUCUCUGUUCUCCCUGUGUAACGGUGUCAGUGUACUUGGUAACGACAUGAGUAACAAACUUUCGAGCAAACCUUCCAGGAAGGAUCGCCCAAGAUCUACAGAUAAGAGUGCUAAAACUAAAAAGAGAGAUGGUGGUACCCCUGAUAAGAUGAGUUCACCAAUUGGUUCUGCUGUGCACAUUCCUGAUGAAUUAUGCACAGGACCAUCUGUUGGGAAGGUCAUAAGUGGAGAUGAUAUUGAUUCUCUGGCAAUCAAUGUGGAUGAACUGAAAAAGGUCCAUCCUCCUAAGAGACCAGCAGUCCCAAAACCAUCAAGAACUCUCGUGGUGCGAAAGACACGACUCAAGCCCUCAGUGGAGCAGAAUCAACCUGUGGGAAAGAGUAUGACUGUUGCACGACCAGCUCCUUCAGAUGCACCUUUAGUAUCUACUCCCCUUAUUGGUACAACUGGUCCAGUUUUUGAUGAGGAUGGACAAGUUUUGACUCACACCAUACUGGGAUCUUGGGAAGACUUUCAACAGGAAGCUAUUAAGAGAGGAGAUAUUGAGAAUCUCCCUCCAUUCUCUGGACACAAGUUUGGUGCUGGCAAAGUUAGGCCAUCAACUAAAGAUGCAGAAAAGGAAAAUAAGUUCUCCAGUCAUGUUUGGCAAACAAAGAUCAAUGAAAGUAAUGCAUUGACAAACUGGCAAAGACAGAUGAUACAGAGGAAGAAACAACAACGUCAUCUAGCAAAUGCACUAAACACAUCAACAGAUAUGUUGGUUAUGAACCAAAGUGAGGAUUAUAGAGAAACACAAGAAGACAGGUAUGCCAUUGACAGAUCCAUCCCAUCAAUGGAUUAUGGAAAAGGAUAUCGUGUUGGUAGUGAGUUUUGGAAACAGGCCGAGCAAAUAGGAAAUGAUGAAACAGGGAUCAAUAUGACUUUGACACAGACUGAGCGAGGCUAUCCACCUGCCAUUGAACACAUUGGAAAACCCAUAUACAUCAAGAAUGAAAUGGGCAUAGAGUGGUCCAACACCCAUAGGUCAGUAUCAGUGCACUACCCCUGGCAGAAGUCUAGUUAUCUUCAGGAGAGAACUACACAGCUUCAAAAUGUUUUAAAUGAGUUAGACCCACACCAACCAUACAUUGAUGAUCUUGAAGUGAUUGGAACAAAUCAGCCUCAGCAUUCAUUCAAGUUCGACAUGAUGUCCAUAGUUCAAGAGGAAGAAGAAGAGGAAAGUGAAGCAAUGGAUGAAACUGUACUUCAAAGGGACCCUUUGGCAAAUAUCGCUGAUGUUGUACCUCAGCCAAUAUUUGGACCAUCAUUAUCAAUUGGUGGUCACACAGCUCAGUGGAAUGGUCCAAGGUCAGGAGGCAGUGAGAAAGCAGGGGUGGCUUGCCGCGUGAUAUUUGAUUCCAAUGUUGGAGACAGGGUCACUUCUCACCUAAAUAUCUGCAAUGAUGGAACAACUGCAGUGUACUUUUCUUGGAAGAAAAUUCCACUGACCAAUGUACUGGGGACCAAGCUUGCAGGACAUGCUCAAAGGUUUUACUUUGACACCAAGAGUGAUGUAAUCUUACCAGGAGAUACUUUGAAGUUCCCAUUCAUAUUCAAAUCUCCAAAUGCUGGGAUCUUCACUGAGACAUGGGAACUGAUGACAAGACCUACUCUUUGUGGUGGGGCUCCCAUAAGGAUCACUCUAAGAGGUGUAGCGUUAGAAGAGGACAUCUACAAGGAAGCCAGGCAGCAAAUUGAGGAUGAUUUGGCUCACAGAGAAGCAGUGGAGACUGCAACAAGACUCCUUGAAGAGAUCCUUGAUGGUGUUCGUACUCCUGAGAGAGCCAGGUCCCCAGUGGAUGCUUAUAUCACGGAGGAAGAGAUCUUUGAAAGAGCUAAUCAAGGGAUGCAUUUCCAGGAUGAGGUUGUUGGGGAAUUGAAGCAGAUUUAUGCACAGCUUGGAGACAAUGAAGAGUGGGACUUGUCUAUAGAGUCCCUUCAACAGAAAAUCAUGUGCAUUGAAGAUGCUGAUCAACGUGAUAGCCUGCUCCAGACACUCAAUAGCUCUGUAUCAACCUUAUCAUUCCCACCAAUGACUCCUAUUAAACAAGCCAUGUAUGCUGCAGGAUAUCAAUUACUUUGUGAGAUGGUGGACAGUAUUGUUGGACAGGCAAACAUGAUACGAUCCAUUCUUGGUCUUCCCGAGAGAGAGCUUGUGGAGGAUACUUCACAAGAGGAAGCGGACAAAAGACUGCGCAAAGGAACAAUUUCUGAUACAAAAGCUGCUGAAAGUCGAAAAGGAGAUAAAAAAGACAAGAGAGGAGGAAAGCUUUCUGAAAUUGAUCGUCCAACUUCCACCCAACGCUCCAAGUUAUCAGCCAAAAAAUCAGGAAGAGGUACUAGCACACCAUCAUCACAGUCCAAAUCAGCUCUCAGUGAAGCUGCCGCAGAAAGGACUGGGACCCCAGUCAGUGUGGAGGGAUUAACAAUUGAAAAUACUGUCGACCCCGUCUUAGAAGCAAAGUACAAGGAGAAACUUUUUACGCAGACUUAUGCCCUUGUGGUGGAUACGUUUGAAAGAAUGGACUUGGUUUUUGAAGACAUAAAAACUGCAGAAUCAAGGUUAUCAGGUCUAGAGUAGGAUGUGCUGCUUAGUUCUCUCUAACACUCAAGCACUUCAUUUUGUGCAUUAUUUAUAGCAAUCAAGUGACAUUGUAGAGGGGAAAUAAAAUACACCUCAGAGACAACAUUAAAUUAAUGUUAUUUGCUACCAA